AUGUCAACAGAAUAUAUAUAUCAUGGGCAGUGGAUAAAGUCAACAGAAUAUUUGGGUAAUGUCAACGGAAUAUCAGUAGAACUACAAAGGCACCACACAAAUGGCAACACGAAAUUGGGAACAUAUCUGGAACAGAUCAGUGAAAUGUGCAGCUGCUGGCGUAGCCGCAAUGCUCGCCUUGCUUCCGCGAUCGCGGGGGUGGAAUUCGUGCGUGGAGAGCAUGACGGCGGGGUGGCGAUCGCGGCGUGGCCUAUGCAUUCCGACCAGCCGAGCAACGCCGCGCUGGUUGCAGAUGUUUUGAAGACGGAGAUUGUGGUGAGGGAGUGGAAGGAUAGGGCGGGAGUAGUGAAGGCGUCGUUGAUUGAGAGUGUCGUGAGGAGAUUCAUGGCGUCGGAAGAAGGGUGUCGGAUUAAGGAGACGGCGGAGAAGCUGGGCGCCGCCGUGAGGGAGGCGACGGAGGCGGGCGGCGUUUCGAGGAUUGAGUUGGAUUCGUUCAUUGCUCAUGUCAUUAGAUAG